AUGUCAGAGCGCACGGAAGUCAAUGGAAACGGCCACCGGUGGUUCCAACUGUAUUGGCCAUCCAAUGAACAUAACGACAUCACGCAGAGUUUGCUCAACCGAGCCAAGGCUGCUAAUUUCAGUGUCUUGGUUGUCACCCUUGACACUUAUAUCCUUGGAUGGCGACCUUCAGAUCUGUCAAACAGAUACAACCCCUUCCUUCGAAAAGAUAAGAUUGGUGUGGAGAUUGGCUUCACCGAUCCAGUCUUUCGCAAGAAAUUCGCUGAAAAGCACGGCAAGGAAGUGGAGGAUGACAUUUCCCUCGCCACCACUGAAUGGACCCAUACUAUCUUUCCGGGCACAAGUCAUGGGUGGGAGGACCUGCAGUUUCUCCGUCAGCACUGGGACGGGCCGAUUGUCUUAAAAGGCAUACAGACGGUUGAGGAUGCAAAGCAAGCACUCGACUGCAGAAUGCAAGGUAUAGUCGUGUCUAAUCACGGUGGACGACAACAGGAUGGUGGUGUUGGAUCUCUAGACAUGCUCCCGGAAGUUGUCGACGCCGUUGGAAGUGAGCUAGGGGUGAUUUUUGACUCGGGCGUGCGGUGUGGUGCCGACGUGGCCAAGGCUCUCGCAUUAGGCGCCAAGAUGGUUCUCCUCGGCCGGCCAUAUGUGUAUGGGCUUUCUAUUGCGGGGGAGAGUGGUGUCCGCCAUGUGCUCAAGAGUAUCUUGGGGAUUUACAGCUCACGCUUCAUUUGUCGGGUAUUCGAUCGGUGCAUCCAGAGCACCUGA